AUGUCUGAUAUCUCCGAAAAAGACGGGUUUGAUUACUUUGCUCAAACUUUGGUACGCGAUUGGGAUCCACUAGGCCAUCAUAUUUUUUGGAAAAGUUUCGUAUCAGUUAAACCAGAUAAAGCAACGGUAACAAGAGCUUUUAAUGAACAAGUCAAAUGGUUAAUAGCAAACGGGGUCGAAAGUGAACAGGAGAAGGCGAAAUAUCUAAAGAAACAAUUUCAAAUUGAUUCACAGAAAGGUGGUCGAAUAUAUCUUUUUUGGGAAGAAGAAAUGCACAUUGAAAAACUUGAUAAAAUUGAAAAGAACGCUUCUAUUAUGAUUCGUGAAUUUCAAGCACAGCAUCAUUAUUCUGUUGCAAGCCGUGUACUUACGGGAGAAAACAACAUAAAUCCUCUUAAUAUAAGAAAUGACAAUGUCGCUAAUACCUAUUCCAAAGACACUAGUUUAGAAAAGGUUAAAGGACCUCAAGAGAAUGGAAAGUCAGCCUGUAAAGAUAAUUUGAAAAGAAAAAGAGAUGAUGAUGAGCUGGAUUAUGAAGGAUUGUCGUUAUUAUUUGAUGAAUCAAACGAAGAUGCCCUUGUGGAACGUAUUGAUGAAAAAGUACUUGAGCAAGAGAACAUAUUGCCACAAACAAGUGGUAAUAGCGUCUCAAAGAAAAAAUCACUCGAGAUUGAGAAAGUAGUCAAACAAUUAUUUUUAGAAAACACGAAAGGGAAACGAAGGAAAAUUGCAUCCGAAACUGAAGCAGAAGCUUGGAGAAAUUACAAGAAUAGACCUGAGUCAUUAGCCACUCAAGUUUGGAACGCUUUAAAAACGGAUGAUUACCCCAAUGAUAAGAAGUUUUUAGGCAUAACUCCUCAAAAGGUAAAUCGUCCUUCUGGUUAUGAUUAUAUUGACUAUAAGUCUAAACGUUUAUCUUGGCAUUCUAAUAGUCCUAAAUUGUGGGCGGAAUCCAAGAAGUCACUUUUAACUUACAGACUAUACGACUAUGUGGUAAAUUUAUUGCAACAAAAUGGAUACAGAUUAAUUGGUGGUAGGUCUUGGUAUGUGAUGCUACGAUGGGUAGAGAAUCCUGAUCAAUAUCUUAAUAAUGGCUGUCAAGACUUUGUCAGAAUAUAA